AUGAAGAUGAUUAUUCAAUUAUAUUUUGUUUUAAUUAUCGUGUGUAUCGUUGUAUCGGAUAAAGUACGUUACGAUGGUUUUAAAGUUUAUAAAAUAUCGAUUGAUAAUAAAAAUAGUUUAAAUAUUUUGACUGAUAUGGAAGAUGACGAGGGUUAUCAAUUUUUGAAUUAUCCGAGAAUGAACGAUUCGUCGUUGUUAGUUGUUGCUCCUGAAAAAAUACAAGAAUUUGAAAAUGUUGUUAAUAAUAAUAAAAUGUCUGUGGCGUUAAUGAUGGAUAAUCUUCAACGUUACAUUGACGAAGAAAAUCCUAAUGUCGAUGGAAGAUCAAAUUUUGAUUGGACGGCUUAUCACAGAUUGAACGUGAUAUAUCAAUGGAUGGAAAGUCUAGCACAAGAUUAUCCAAAAAUUGUUAACACUAUAGAUGCUGGAAUAAGUACACUUGGAACACCUAUAAAAGGUUUAAAACUACAAUUCAAUUCGAAUAAAAAUACAUCGAUAUUUUUGGAAAGUGGUAUACAUGCAAGAGAAUGGAUUUCAGUGGCCACUACUACAUAUAUUGCAAAUGAAUUAUUAUUUAGCAAAGAUCCUGUUGUUAGAAAUUUAGCUGAAUCCCAUGUUUGGUACAUAUUUCCUGUUUUCAAUCCAGAUGGGUACGAGUAUACACAUUCAACGAAUCGAUUAUGGAGAAAGAAUUUGAAACGAUCCACGUGGAGAUGCAAAGGUGUUGAUCUUAAUCGUAAUUGGGAUACACAUUGGUCAGAAAUUGGUUCAAGCUCAAAUCCAUGUUCAGAAAUUUAUGCUGGACAAAGUGCAUUUUCCGAAAUUGAAAGUAAAUCAAUGUCAACGUUUAUAAAUAAUAUACCAGAAAAAAUGAAGGCAUAUUUAGCAUUCCAUAGUUAUAGUCAAUUGUUGCUUAUACCGUUUGGUCAUAGUAAUGAGAGAAUAGACAAUUACGAUGACCUUAUGGAAAUAGGAAGGUUUUCCGUCAAGGCUUUGGCUAUGAGAUACGGUACCAAUUAUACUGUUGGUAAUAUAGUCGAUGUUAUUUAUCCAGCAUCAGGUGGUUCAAUGGAUUGGGUACGUGCAACUAUUGGUCCUCGCAUAACUUAUACAUAUGAACUUCGUGAUAAAGGUCGUUAUGCAUUUUUAUUACCAUCUGAUCAAAUUAUACCUACUGGAGAAGAAACUAUGGAUUCAUUGAUCGGAAUGUUUCAAAAAGCAUCUGAUCUUGGUUAUUAAUCAUUAUCAUAAUUGUUUAUUCAUUAUACAUUUUUUAUAAUUUGAUAUUUGUAAUU